UCAAAAUUAUAAUAUGGAUGAUAUAGUGCGACCGCUCCAACACUAUAAACUCAUUAUGAACUAAACCCUUCUUGACCGAGAAAUACGGCUUUCUUACGGAGAGGCUUUCUUCGAAUUCCAAAAUAUUUUAAAUACCUAUACGUACUAACUGUCAUAUGAUCUCUGUCAUGAAACUAAUUUCAAUCUAGGAAGUAAUUGUCAUUGACUGUUAUACCAGAAAAAAAACACUUUAUAAAAAUGUGUUUUAUGCAUUGCUUAUUAAUAUUAUGUAUAUUUCAAUACGGUAUCGCAAAAGACACACUCCCCGUAUUCUUAUUAGACCAUAGUCAAGUUUUAGGCAAUGUGUUCGUUGUGCCCAACCCAUUUCUGAGAACUGGAAAUAUUGCGUUUUUGGAAAUGAUCAACCAUGCUGUGAAGCAGUCAUCUGUUCUCAUCAUUUUUGUGGAAGAGCAGUUUUGUACUGAAGAUAUAAGUCGUAAAGACGGCAUGGGUACGCCGUAUCCUAGCCUGCGUGAAGAUGUUUUGAAACACAGGGUCAAAUAUAUGCCUAAUGUUCUUAAUCCAAUAAGUAUAAUUACGCAAAUUUUGGAACCGUCGCAAAUGAAUGUGUUUGUGUUAAAACCUGGUCAGAAAUUUGACAGAGCAAUAGAUAAAUUAAAGUUUUUCUAUGUUUUUUUUAAAGACAAUAAACGAGACGAAACGAGAAUUGAAGCUCUACGCCGCCAUAAUUUUGCUAUUGAUACAAUUUAUGAACAAAUCCAAAAACAAUCGAGUGGACCUGUAGUUGCCAUUUAUACAGGCAAAGUUAAUCCAAUUACAUCUACCAGCCCGCGUAGUACUCCGGGAGAAAAACCAUACGCUGAUAGCACUAUUGUGGAACUGGCGUCUGAAGGAGGUCUGUUCCGUUUCAUAGGAAUGAAGUUGAAAAGACCACCUCUGGCUCGUUCAAUUGUCUCUGACAUGCCAAUAAUUGUGUCAGAAUUGCGCUCCAAAACCCACACAUCGGAAUUUCUUGAAACUUACAUAGAGUUUCAUGGUUUUAGAUUAAGGUUCUCUUUUAGGAUUUUGCCUAAAUUCUGGUACCUGGAUAAUGUAACGUUGUUAGAAGGAGAAGAAGAAGUUGGGUUUAGAAACUAUAACAUCAGGGUACCCAUAGAUCAAUCUUAUUAUUGUGACGAGCCUAUGACGCUAGUUAGUAGAAAAGACAGAAGCAUGGUCAGCAUAACAGCGUAUCAGAUGAAGCCGAAUAUUCCUAUUUCUAAUGAAAUGUUAGCACAGUUACAGAUUAAUUUUGAUCUUGCUAUUAUAAUAGAAAUGUUGGAAAGUUUGGAUAUGUCUAAACUCGGUACUUUCUACAACGUUUGCAAAUGCAACCCAUACUACGAUAUACAUCUCUUAUCAGGAUUUUUUGUAUCAGGAAUUCUUUUAUUCGCUAUUUUCUUAUCAGUGGCGUGUCUCUAUAACCUUAAGACAAACGACCGCAUGGAUGACGCUUACGGCAAAUUUCUUAUCAUUACGGCAGAAGCAUAAGUUACAUAUCACUUUCACUACAUUAAACGAAUCCGCUGCCCUUUGUCUGUCCAUAUUUAUGCUUAGAUCUAUAAAAUUACGCAACGGAUUUUGGUGCGGGUUUUUUAAUAGAGAAUAUAUAGGUAAUAUAUUAUGAUUUUACCCUCGCGAAGCCGAGAGGGCCGCUGUUCCAGAGGCCAAUUAUUAUUCUCCUUUGGUGCCGUUCAUUUGUUACCACUUCUCUCAUAGUAAAUAUUGAUUUGUUAUUACAGUAUUUAUUUUUUGAAAUUAUUUGGUACGCCAUUUUUACAUCAUAUACUGAAUAACAGUUUAAAAGUAGAAACGUAAAACGUAAAUAAUUAUUUGGGCAACAACAUUUGGCCGGCAAAAUUUGGCAAGCAGAGUUCGUCACAAUAAUAUAUCCCGUAUACAUUUUAUAUAUUACAAAUACUUUGUUGACCAUUUAAGUAAUUGAGAACAGGGUUUCUCGGUGGUAUAUUACUAUAGUGUAUCACUUUUUUUUAUUUAGUACCUAUAUGUAUAGGUUUAUUCAUAUUUUUUCCCAAUAGCAGGUAACCUCUCCCGGCGACUGGGAUGAGACAUAGUUGCUAGAUUUUUUGUAAAGCGAGGUUUUGAAACAAUUACUAAAACAGCAGGUAAAGUUUUUUUUUUCAUGUUAUUUAUAAAAAGAUAAUAGCAAAAUUUUAUUGACGAUUAAGUCUGGCAAAGCAAUACAUCUAAUGAGAAAUCCAUGGAUUUAGUAAGUACUUCGUACAACCGGGUACCUACUAAUUCCAUGGAGAAAUCAGAAUAGGUAUUGUUUUUUUUUGUGCUCUGUCAAAUCUUGUAACAUUCAACUUAUCUAAUGAUAAUUACCUAGGUAUUAUUUGUAAGUUUAUCAUAUGGUUAGUAUAUGAUAAAAUUGACAUUUGUAAGCUAUAAACAAUUUUAAGUUUAUUUAUUUAGCUAUUAAAAAGAAGCUUAGCAGCUCGCUUUUUUGAAAACUUUUAAAAAGUUACUGUUGUUUGAAAAUAUACAAUUGUUUGUAUAAAUUUGUUCAAAUAAAGUUAAGUAUGUUUAAGCAAAGUUAAUUUCGUUUUUAAAACUAGAUACAGUACUAUUGUCUUAAUUUUAUAACUAGGUGCUUAUAUGUAUUCAAUUUAGUUACCUAUUAUAGAAGCGCAGAAUUUAUAUUUCUGUAAUCUAAGGAUAAAAAGGAAAAAGAUAAUAAUUUAGUUUUCAAGAUUAUAACGUUUAAUGUUUUAAAAAUUGACUAAUUUUACUUUAUCGACAUAGAAGUAUGAUAUACUUACCUAUCUACUUACUUGUUUGAUUUUUUGUAAUACCAAUAUUUACCAAGAACACACGCUA